AUGGCAUUUUCAUGGAUGCUCACCCUGAUGGUGCUGCACGCUUUGCAGGCAGAGCGCCUGAUUGAAGACUUUGGUGGCCAAGUAUCCUUAUUGCAACAGCACCUCGUUGUGGGGACAGACGCCGACGAUGUCAGCACGAGCGCACUGGAGGCGUCAUCUUCAGAUGAAGUGCAGUUGGAGUCGCUGCUACGACAGGCAGGCGAGGAAUGCCCACAGUCCUCUGAGGCAUGCCUUUCGAUUCUAACUGACUUGCGGACUCAACUCUGGCCGUAUGUGCAAGAGGAGGCGAACUGGUCCGGGGCAGCCUGGCUGCCUUCAGGAAUGGAUAGCGAGCAGGCGAUGGGCGAGAUCAGCUGCUCGCAGAACAAAACAAUGUAUUAUCGCCAUAUCUGGAAGUCAGCUGGCCACAGUGUUUUCGAGAAUCUAGAGCAGGUCACCACUCAUUUCAGGCAAGAUGGUAUGUCGUAUUCUGAAUUUUGUCAAAAUUUCAACUCUUUGGACGACAGGGAACACGCGGCUUUCACCUUUGUUCGAGAUCCAAUCUCACGCUUCAUCUCUGGCUACGCCGAGAUUGAGCACCGAACGCGCGACGGAGUUACGCAGUAUGCAGACCUCGCGACCACUUUGAGCCAGCAUCCCGUCGGCUCGCCGGAGCGAGCCGCAGCGUUCUUUAAGGAGUUCUUGCGGACGGGUAUUAACCUUGAUGGCCAUGUCAAGCCUCAGUUGGAGUUCCUGCUUCCAAAUGGUGGAUGUUCAGUACCAAUGAAUUUCAUUGGCAAGACGAACAGCAUGGAAGAAGACUGGACGAGGAUGUUUCGAUUGCAGGAAUGCAGCCUUUCUGCACCCUUCGAUGAGCACCUAGGCUUACACCCGAAUGAUCAGGCGGACAAAGUUGCCAUGGAGAUUAGCCUGGGCUUGGAAUCAGAUCGCGCGACCGACAGCAGUGGGGACGUGGCCACAAAUACGAGCUCGGAGUUGAUGCUUGUGGAAGCUACCGCUGACAUGCGUGCACUAGUUGCGGCCCUGCAGCAGGACCGUUCAAAGUAUUUGCGGGCACUGUGCUGGCUGCUGCUACCAGAUUUCGCCGCAUUUAACUUCAAGCUACCAGCUGCUUGCCAGCAAGGGCAGCUUCGCAGCUUGCUGCAGCCGCGCAGGGGAGAGUCGGACCAGCAGUGA